CUUAAUUUGAAACAAUCGAAAACCAGAUUCAGCUCGGGAGAUUUGUCUUCCGAAGCAGAUGAUGUGGAUCCCAACACAUUGCCACCAGCGGCUCGACCCAUACAGGACCAACCAACAAAACCAGCUAGCGUGGCGAGUAGUGGUGGGCCACCCAAUGUGCCUCCACCACCAGCUCCCAAUACGACUCAAUCGACGACACAGGAUUUCUCAUUGAACCUGAGUGGCGGUGGUAAAGCAGUUGCAAGCACAACGGCGACUUCUGCUGCACCACCACGCGGUGUCAGCGCACCAACAAGUCCAGCCAAGUCUCGUGAAAGUCUCUUACAACGCGUACAAAGUUUAACUGGUGCAGCACGCGACCAAGGCGCCUCAAUUUUAGGCGCCGCUGUACAAAGCGCUACGCGUGCACCUGCCUUUAACAAGGAUAAAUAUAUUACGCUGCUAGUAUUGGAUGACCACAAUACCGAUUGGUCUAAAUACUUUCGUGGCAAACGCUUACAUGGUGACUAUGAUAUACGCGUCGAACAGGCCGAAUUCCGGGAUGUCACAUUGCAUGCUAGUGCGGAUUCGGGCCCUGUUAUCACUAUGGAAGUUCAUAGAGGCGAUUCCAGAAUUCCGCGCAUGUUUCGGCCCGAUUUUGUUCUUAUACGUCAACCUCCUCGUGAUGGAGCCAACGAUUAUCGCUCGACAAUCUUAGGCUUAAAAUAUGGUGGAGUCCCCAGUAUCAAUUCUUUGAAUUCCGUCUAUCAAUUCCAGGAUAAGCCAUGGGUGUUUGCCCACUUGCAGCAGCUACAACGUCGAUUGGGUAAAGAUGUCUUUCCAUUAAUUGAGCAAACAUUCUUUCCAAGUCCUAAAUAUUUGUUAAAUUGGACGAAAUUCCCGUGUGUUUUAAAGGCAGGUCACUGCCACGGCGGAAUGGCUACAGCUCGCUUUGAGAAUCAAAGCGCAUUACAAGACGCCGCCGGCCUUGUCACUGGCACUGGCAGUGAAGGACAUUGCUAUUGCACUAUUGAACCGUAUAUAGAUGCAAAAUUUGAUAUACAUAUUCAAAAGAUUGGCAACAAUUACAAAGCUUUCAUGCGUAAAUCGAUAACAGGUAAUUGGAAAACCAACCAAGGAUCAGCUAUGCUAGAGCAAAUCACUCUAACGGACAAAUACAAAUCAUGGGUCGAUGAGGUUUCUGAAUUGUUUGGCGGUAUGGAGGUGUGCGGAUUGUCUUUGGUAGUAGGUAGAGAUGGCCGGGAACAUAUUAUUAAAGCUUCUGAUAGCACUUUUGCAUUAAUGGGUGACACCCAGGAGGAUGACCGCAGGCAAAUAGCUGAUUUGGUAACGUCUCGCAUGCAGAAUGUGUGUCGUCCUGGUGCAGGACAAAUUCAAGGCAAAAUAACUGCGCGAUCCUCAGUAUCAUCGCUAACCGGGAGUCCAACUGACGAGUCAGGAGCUCCGCCGCCAGCUCCAGCUGGACCACGACCUGCACCAAUGGGCGGUCCACCCCCAAUUCCCGAGCGUACUUCACCAGCUGUUGGCUCGAUUGGUAGACUUACUAGCCGUAGCAGCAUCUCAGAGGUGCCCGAAGAAACUACCGCUACCGCGGCCGCACCCGCCAGCGUCGCUCCAUCUACAGGUAAUCUUACACGCCGUGAUUCACAAACUUCUCAGGCAUCCAGCAUUUCUUCUGCUUCGCGGACGUCGCAACGAGCUCCGCAAUCCCAGAGUUCGGUUGUAGAAGACGCCGAGGAUACAAUGAAAAAUUUAAGAAAGACAUUCGCAGGCAUUUUUGGUGACAUGUAGGAAUUAGCUAAUAAAAAACGCGGAAGAACCGCGAGCGAGUCGGGAAGUACCAACACCAGUGGUAUUGGUAGCAUAAGUGUUGGUGGCAUUACUAGUGCAGGUAGCAAUUUCUUGGGCAAGCAGUUCUCAUUUGCUUCAGGCAAAACAUCUGCUCCAACUUCUGCCGUGGGAGAUGCUUCUAUUACUUCAUCGCCACCUAAUACAAAUCAGUCUUCGGAAAAACCUUUCGAUACUCGUUCCGAUACGUCGUCUACCUCGACGCUAACGGCUGGAAGCGUUAGCUCCAGCAGCAAGCCUUCUUCUAGCGUUUUAGAUACUUACGAACAAGAGAAUUCAAAAUACAAACCGGUCACCAACUUUGAGCCCCAAGAACGCGUAAAUCCUUUCGACAAAGGCGUUCUAAAAACGAGUGCCACCAGCAAUACCAUCGGCAGUGCGUCGACCACAUCGUCUUCGACAAUUUCGUCUUCAUCAAUUUCGUCGCGUAUAAAUGCUCGCGCUACCGCCAUGAAAUCGCCACCGCCACCAUCGAGACCACCACCCCCACCACCACAAUCAGCUUCUAUAGCCACUAAUUCGAGUGCCACCAUUCAAAGUUCGUCGGCCUCUAAUAAAGACAAAACGAGCUACUUAUAUGGUAGUUCUACAUCCAUUGAGACUAUUACUCGAAUGGAUACAAAUACCACGACAGGUACGGGAAGCAUGGCAACCGCUACAACCAGUAUAGGCGUAAGCUGUUAUACUGAGAAUCAGAAAAAUAUAACAGACAAUGAUCCCGAGAGACGCAACAAGACUACGUUUGCUGCAAACACUACUGCAGCACGUUCGGCCAGUGUAUACAGCGCCCCGGCUGCUGUAAAUACCUCAGCAACAGCUACGGCCGGCGAUGAUGCCCAAUCAACAGCUGCUACAUCGAACGGUUACAAUGCCACCACCGAUAUACCGUCUUACACCCGACCAUCGUAUUCACGUUCCGAGAGUAAUGAUUCGAAAGGGCAAUCCGAUUUGGAUAUAAUAUUCGGUGGCGGUACUAAAUAUAAUCGCGCCAGUUCGGACGCUGAGCUAAUUUUCGGCACACCAUUAAGCUAUAAAAGCGAUCGUUUUGGAUCAUCGAAAAGCAUGAGCGUAGCAUCAGAUAAUUCCUACGGCUAUAAUCCGGGUAGCAAUGCAACAACCAUGGGUGGUGGUAACGCGUACAAAAUAUACGAGGGUAUACAGAAUGCAGCCUUUACCGAUUUUGUCGAUUCGCCGGCAUCGCAAAUAAAAUCGAAGAUCGAUAAAAAGUUAAGCGGUAUCACUGACGAUGAGGACGAUUUGGAUCUUAAAUAGAACAUCAUUUAGACGUGAAAUUCAAAUGAUUUACAUGCGAGACCACUACACCUAAUCAACUUCAAAACGCAUUAUUGUUAUUGUUAAUAA